CUUUCCUGGCCAGUUCUCGCUAUCUCUCGCGAGACCCGCACGAGAACUCAUAAUCAGCUAGGAAAACCCAAAGCAGCCCAAAAAGAAACAAGUGUAAUUCUGCCAUCUGUGGACCGCCCCAGCAGCCAAGAUGAGGGAGAAGAUGACAGAGAAGGAGUGUCCACUCCAGUUCCACGACUUCAAACCUGUAGACCACUCCAAACUCUGUCCACGCUUCACACAGAUUCUGUCCAGAACAGAAGAAGAAGGUAUAGGAGAAGAGGAACUGGACACCAUCCAGUUGGAACUGGAGACCCUCCUGGCUUCUGUGUCCAAAAGGAUGAGACAACUGGAGGGGGAAACACAAGUACUGAUUGACUGGCAGGACAAGAAGGACAAGAAAGGCAGCAUGGGGAAAGUGCACAAGGACUCGGACCAUCCCCACUCUGGGAAGCGAGGCAGGCCAGAGGAGAAGGCUUCUACUAAGAAGUUCAAGGGAGACACGGCAAGUACAAGUUCCAGUACAGGGAAGUGGGGAGCUUCAGCCUCCACCUCCCACUCCACCCCGUCAUCCCACAGUCAGUCUGGUCCUGGCAGACCCAAGAGUAAACAGGCUAAUAUACAGCAAAAAAUGCAGGAGUACGAGUUCACAGACGACCCCCUGGAUGUGCCGCGUAUUCCCAAGAACGACGCGCCCAACCGUUUCUGGCAGUCCCUGGAGCCGUACGUGGCAGACAUCACCCACGACGACCUGAAGGUGCUGGAGGAACUGAUGAAGCCAGUGGAGGAGGAAUCCGAGUAUUACAAGGUCCCCCCUCUAGGGAAACAUUACACACACAGGUGGGCACAGGAGGACCUGCUGGAAGAACAGAAAGAAGGUGCCAGAGUGAAUGAGAAGGGCAAGUCCAAGUCUGCCCUGGGGGGGAGUUCCUCAGCUAACAUCACAGAGACAUCUGCCAUGCUGAAGAAAGUGGACUCCAACUCACAGAAGUCGAGGGACACAGAGACGACCUGUCCGUUUGGCCCCCUAACCCAGCGCCUGGUGUCAGCACUGGUAGAAGAGAACAUCAUGACUCCUAUAGAUGACACCUCUCUCAUCGACAGCUCUACAAAGGGAGAGGGUCAGUCUGGUGAGGCCAGUUCCAGCUCCCCCCGCAGCAGCAGUAGUCGGCCCUUCAGUGUGCCACACACCAGGGCACUGGAGGCUCGCAUCAGGGAGGAACUCAUCAACCAGGGAUUGAUAGAGUCUGAGGACCAGACAGGAGAAGACACAGAAGAUGAGGUGUUGUCUGAGCUGAAGAAGCGGCAGGCAGAGCUGAAGGCCCUGGUGGCACACAACCGCUCGGCCAAACAGAGACUACACAAACUCGCUAAGGAAGAGAUCCGCAAACAGGAGCUCAGGCAGAAGGCUAGAGUCAUAGACAACGAGGUGAUGGACUGUUUUAGGAAGAUCAUGGCAGCACGGCAGAAGAAACGAACCCCCACCAAAAAGGAAAGGGACGCAGCCGUCAAGGCACUCAAGGAGAGGGAGGCUGUCAUGAAACUUCUCGACUCAUAAUAACCUGUGUCAAUAUAUCCUUAUGUACUAUAUUAAAUAUUAUGAUAUUAUGGUAGCAGAGGAGAAAUUAUCCCAUGGAACCAUCAAAUUGCAUCUGAUGGUAUCGUUAUCAUGAGUACAAUUUAUAAUUUGUGAUUGGGAACUUCAAGAUACAUGUAAACAUGAGAAUCUUAGUACAUGUUCGAAUUAGAUAUUUGCUACAUUUAUACUAACCAAGUGUUGUAUACACAAUAAAAUUGUCCCGUGAUUUAUUUUUAAUGAUUGCUAAUUUUAAGAUGUUAGUGUCAAGCUUGUGUGCAUGAGAUUUGAGCUAUUGCUAUGUAUAAUCAGUGACAACUAGUAUGUGACAUGUACAUUUGUAGCUAUAGUACAUGUAUGUAUAGACUUUUGAUAUACUGGACUUAACAUUAUUCAUUUGUUUCUGCAUUCUGUAAAUACACCAAAAAAUAACAAAAGGAGUAGCUUCUCCACUGAUCAGAUCUCCCAUUGUAUAUUUCCAGCUACACAUACAUGUGUUACAUGUACAUAUAAGGACACCACGUUAAAACGUUUGCUAAAACAUCUCACCAUCAAGUAAUAUCACUAUUUUCUUUCAAGAUAGACAUACUAGUAUUAAAAGUUUCUUGAAUAAAACUCUGAUAUACAA